AUGACAACGAAAAAUUUAUCAACAUCAUUUAAAGGUAAAAUUAAUGGACAACGUUUACCACCAAUUCCAAUUACUGAUGAACAAUCACUACCAUCACCAUCAACAACAACAGUAACUAAUGGAGAUCAUCCAAUUUCAAUUUUAAAAAAAUCAAAACCAUUAACAGAAGACGUAACAACUGAUGAUCGUACACUUCCUUUUGAUGAUGAUGACCUCGAAACUUCCCGAGUUAUAUUUCAAAAGUCACAAGCAGAUGUACUUAUGUUACUUGAUACUUAUCCACCUAAAACUUGGACAGUUCCAAAAUAUUUAAAAUCAAGUUAUGAACAUAUACUAGAUCAAAGUCGAAAACUAAAUCCAGUAUUUGAUGCUCCUUUAUGUUCUGAUAGUCAACAUGAUCCAAUUCAUGCAUUUCCAUCACCGAUCAGUGAUCGAAUAUCAUCGUCGCGUUAUUGUCGUCGGUCUGUUAACAGUGCUUGUAGUCGUCGGUCGUCAAUCCUUUUUCAACGUCACACUGGUAUUCCUGUUGAUUCAACACAACUUCCACGUGAAGAUACGUUUGACACAGUAUGUGAAAGUCUUACUGGAAGUCUUCGUCAAUCAUUUACUCCUUUACCACCAAUAUCAACUGAUUUACCCUCCAAUUUAAAUAAAUCAUUAACAAUUCCAUCAACAGUUCUACCACCAAGCAUAUCGCCUCCAUUAGUUACUACUGAAGAAACAUCUGCUAUACAAGAAGAAAAAAAAGAAUUUACAAGACGUUUACUUUCGAAAAGUCUUCAUCGCGAAUCGAAUAAUUUACCAACAGAUAAAACUAUGCAUUCUCCUACAGUUAUACAGAAAGCACCAAUAGUUAAACCUAUCGUUGCACCACGAUUACAAAAACCUACCGUUGAUAAUCGUCGUGUACAUAGUAUUGAACGGGCAGCUCCAGUUGUUCCUAUUCGAAAUAAAAUUCCAACAACAACGAAUAAUAUUUCAACGAAUGCAAAUCAACAACGUUUAGGGAAAUUUUCUUUAGAUAUUUUUCAACCACAAUCUAAAUCUAAUAUUACAACAAAUACAACAAAUAAAAAAUCAUCAACAGUCAAUAAUAAAACAAAAGUUUUAACUAAAACUACUAUACCAAAAGUUAAAGUUAAUCCAACAAUACCCGAUGAAGAAAUUAUUCAACCAAUCAAUGACGUCAUUCCUUCUUCUUCUACGGCUGCAUCUAUCGAAACAACUCAAAUAACAAAUACUGUCAAAACAGAAGAAUUACCUUUGACAAUUAUAAAUGUCGAACCUGUUUCUCAACAAACUGAACAAUUAAAUUUAGAUGUACCUACGGAACCAAAACGUCAUUUAUCACCUCAUUCUAAUUCAAAUUAUUCUCGUCAAUGUUCAAAUCCCGUACCUAAACCAUUGUCAUUAGAAGGGGAAAAAAUAGUUGAUGCUGAUUAUCCACAAACAACAACAAGAACUAUCACAUCUGCAAUACUUAAUUGUCAACGACGAGGAAGUUUAAAAGGUCAACCAUUAAUAACCGAUUUAUUUGAAGAAUCGAUCAUUGAAACACAAAAACCUAUAGUAAAACCUGAACCAAUACAUCAAACAAAACUAUCAACUGCUAAAAUGAAAAAACAGGGACGAAAAUUUAUUAAAAGUCCUAAACCAAAAAAGCUAAUUAUUACAAAUAAACCUAAAAUAACAGUAAAACUUAUUGAAAAAACUGAAAUGAUAUGUCAAAGUACAAAUACAGAAAUAAAUGAAGAAGUUAAAACAAAUGAAGAAGUUAAAACAAAUGAAAAUACAAUUGUUAUCGGUGGAACUGAUUGGGUCAUGACAAUUAAACCAAAAGUAAUAAAUGAAGAAGUAUCUGUACUUUCCGAAUUAUUUCAAGUACCUACAGUUGAUGAUGAAGAUAUACCAUCGUGUGCUUCACCUACAAAUCAUCUAGAUGUAUCACAAACAACAGUUAUGACAAGUGUUGGUGAUAUUAUGAGACGGAAUAGUAUGGAGUCCUUACAAGCAGUUGAAAUCAGUCCUGUUUUAACUCAAACUAUUGAAAAUCCUGUUGAACCAAUAUCUCAAAAUUCUUUUCAACCACCGAAACCGAACGAACCUUCACUUAUUAAUUCUGGUAUUCGUACUGUAUAUGAAACAGUGAAAGACUCAAUACGUAAAGAUACAUCACUUCGUUCAUCACAAUCAAAUGAACAAGACAUCGUACUAGUCAAACCACCAAUACCAUCAACAAUAACAAGUACAUCAACUAAUAAUAAAACAUUACCAUUUGAACCUUCUGCUAGUAUUACACAUACAUACAAUAACUCAGAUACAGGUCUUUCUAUUCGACCAGCUUUUCGUGUUGUUAAUGAUAGUUUAAAUAGUCGAGGAAGUGAAACUAUUGAUUCAACAAGUAGUCAUGAAGAUUAUAAUACAACACCAUUAUGUACUGAAACUGAUUGUGAUGAUAUAUAUCGAACAGCUCGAAAAGGUCGACAAGUUGGACGAGGAGUAAAACGAGGUACAAAGCGAUGGCCAGUUUGUAUUUUCUAUGGGAUGAUAGACAUUGCUGCCAUAAAUGCUCUGAUUGUCUGGAAAGUGAAAAAUCCUCAAUGGAAUCAGAAUACAAAUCAUAAACGUCGAUUAUUUUUGGAAGAAUUAGGAUUAGCACUGGCUUAUGGUAUUGUUUGGUCAUAUUUGACAGUAACUGGAAGAAUGAUUGCUGUUAAAGAAAUCGAACUUGAUGAAGGUGAUAGUGAACGUGUACGUAAUGAUUAUGAAUCAGUACGUGAAGAAAUUCAUAUACUUCGAGCACUUAAUCAUCCAUAUGUUGUUAAAUUUCUCGGUAUCUCAUUGGAAAAUACACGUUUGAUAAAAAUUUUUAUGGAAUAUCUUCCAAAUGGUACGAUUGAAAAUUUAUUAACAGCUUUCGGUCCAUUUCAUAAUGAUGUUUUAAAAAAAUAUACUCGACAAAUUGUCGAAGGUGUUGCUUAUCUUCAUGAAAAUGGUGUUGUUCAUCGAGAUAUAAAAGGAAAAAAUGUUAUGCUUGAUGUUGAUGGUAAUAUAAAAUUAAUUGAUUUUGGUUGUGCAAAACGAUUAAAGAAAAAUCAAAAUACACAUUCAAUGAGACAAAUACUUAAAUCAAUGAAAGGUACAGCUAAUUGGAUGGCACCCGAAGUAAUAGCAGAAACUGGACAUGGUAAAAAAGCCGAUAUUUGGUCAAUAGGAUGUACUUUAUGUGAAAUGGCAACAGGAAAACCACCAUGGUCAUCGGAACAUAAUCAUUUAGCUGUUCUAUUAAUUAUUGCUAAUGGUACAAAACCACCAGCUGAUUUACCUGAUACUUGUCCAGCAACAGCUCAAGAAUUUUUUCGUUUAUGUUUAACACGUGAUCCAGUAGUGAGACCAUCGGCAAAAGAUUUAUUAGGACAUCCAUUUUUAGCUUCUUGA